AUGGAGAUAGUCUAUCUAUUGGGGUUCGUCCUCAUCCUCAUUGGAUCGGCAUCAAGUGGCUACUGGCUAGACGAUCUUGCUCAUCCAUGUGUGCGAAAAUGUAAGGCUGAUCGUGAACCUAUGACGUGCGAGUAUGACUGGACUGUUGAAUCAUAUUACUCCAUGUCACGUGCUUGCUACCAAUGUCCAUUCAACGAGUUCGACUGCCAUCGGCCACACUGUAUACCCAUGGCCGGUUAUGCGAGACCCGUCUACUCGGUCAACCGUCGGCUACCCGGACCAAGUAUCCAGGUGUGCGAAAAUGACGUCAUAAAGGUUCAUGUACAUAAUAGAAUGCAAAAUGAAGAGGGUGAGGCGAUCCAUUGGCAUGGUUUGCAUAUGAGAGGCAGUCAGCACAUGGAUGGAGUUCCUCACAUUACUCAAUGCCCCAUCAAUGCAGGCCAUGAUUUUACUUACGAGUUUACAGCAAAACUACCAGGUACCCAUUGGUGGCAUUCGCACGCUGGAAACCACCGUGCAGACGGUGUGUUUGGUUCGUUUAUCGUUCGGCAAUCUCCGGGAGCCGAUCCAAACCGAAAGCUUUACGAUAGAGACGAUCCGAGUCACGUGAUUCUCAUCAACGAAUGGGCAAAGGCCAUGACGAGUACGAUAGACCUUGCAACGUUCCAUGGGGUUACGAUAAAUCCCACUGAUGGCAUUCUAAUCAACGGAAGAGGAACAAACCAAAUUGUUACUCGCCCAUCAGACAACACGACUGCAACGGUAGACCACCAUAUCGUGUACGUCAAGUCAGGCCUUCGAUACCGCUUCCGGGUCAUAGGAGCCGCAGGUAACAUGUGCGCGUUUGUAAUCUCAAUUGAUGAUCAUCAGCUGAAAGUGAUUGCAAUGGAUGGCGCACCAGUGGCACCCUUUGAUGUCGACAGAAUCGCCGUCUUCUCUGGAGAGAGAUAUGAUUUCGUCAUAGCCGCUGACCAGCCACCGACAAAUUACUGGAUUCGGGUUGCGGGAGAACUGAGCUGUGUCGAAGACCAGGAGGUUGGUAUUCUACGCUAUGCUGGUACGCCGACGGGAUCUAAACCAGAUGCUGAUAGGUCUACGAGGGCGCAAGGAAGUCUUCUAAAUCCAUACGAUGGCCGUAUAACUCCUGGCUCUACUUAUGUGUCGGACCUUACUGAUGCUGAAGAAAAACAGGACGACCUUAGCCAUGUUGAUGUGACCCACUACCUCGAGCUGAAUACUGUUUUGCGAAACGGUGCCAAGGGUCUUCACCAUCCCGUCUUCUACCCAUACGAAGCAGAUAACGGAGCCUUUCAUUCAACUCCAAUUGUUGUCAUCAAUAAUAUAUCCUAUGUAUUCCCUGACGUACCGCUACUCACUCACUGGCGUGAUGUGAAGAGGGCGUCCUGGUGUAACGAGGACUCGCUUCGGACAUCGGGCAAAGACUGCAUUCAUGAGGCCUGUGAAUGCAUACAUCGCAUCGACAUCAAGUAUAAUCAGGUAGUGGAACUGGUGUUUGUGAAUCCAAAUGCAGUCAGCGCUCAUCCGAUGCACAUCCACGGGUACAAUCUUGAGAUAGUUGGCAUGGAUCAGAUGUGGAACUAUUUCACCAUCGAGGAUUUUAAGCGGUUGGAUGCCCAAGGAAAAAUUAAGCGCAACCUGAAGAACCCUCCCAGGAAAGACUCGUUUAUGGUACCCGGAGCAGGCUAUUUGAUAGCCAGGUUCAGAGCCAAUAAUCCUGGCUGGUGGCUGAUGCAUUGUCAUAUCAAUAGCCAUCUCAAGCUCGGUAUGGGUAUGGUUUUCCACGUCGAAGGUGAUGUGCCGCCACCACCGGCGAACAUGCCUGUAUGCACACAUCCUUAAAGAUGGGUAGUCGUAUGGGGUAGUAUCAUUGGGGCCUGUAUGUCACCCUGUAUGUAUCUGGCAUUCUUCAACCUACUGUCGUCGUUAGUAGCAUGUCAUGAAGCUGCUUCUCUCCAAAAAGAAAAUCAUGUCUCGAUACUAUAUUCUACAAAUCAUGCCAUGGUGUAUACUCUAUUUCAUUGAUGAAAUGAGAGAAUAAAUGGCCAAUGUUAUUUCAAUAUAAAUAUCAAGUUCAAGUCAAGUGAGUUUAUUGAAUUCCAUCUUUAAAAACAUUUUUACAAAGUAAAAACAUGCAAUUUCAUGUAAAAUAUAAUACAUAAAGUGGGAUAGCAUAUACAUGUGAAAUGAAUUAAUACAAAACAGAAUAGGGCGCAGCUGUAAAAAAAACAAGAAAAGGUUUUGUCUGGACAGCUUCCUAUCAAAUUAGAUGUGAUAAAUAUAUUAAGAAAACAAGUAGCAAGUGAAGUUUCGGAUAGUAUCAUUCAGAAAUAUACAAUGGUUACUGUAAGGACCAAUCUUUAGAACCCAUAGAGGUAAAGCCUAUACAAGGAUAAUGAAAGGAUAAUAUGCAGCCAAAGUUGUGUAGCUCCAGGGGGCACCGGGGCCCUAUCGAAAGGCAAAAGAGAGAGAGAGAGAGAGAGAGAAAGAGA